AUGUUGCAUCGCACAAAUCCAGGAUCCUAUAUUGUACUAAAAUCAGAUGAAGAUGACAUGUUUUUAUAUGAUUUUGUAGCAUUGAAUGCUUCAAUGAAAGGCUGGCCCUAUUGCAUACGUGUUGUAAUAGUUUAUGGGACUUUCUUAAAAUUAGCAUAUGGAGGGACAUUAUUGGUUGCAGCAACUCAAGAUGUUGAAGGUAAAAUCUUCCCCCUAGCAUUUUGUGUAGUUGAUUCAGAGAAUGAUGAUUCUUGGGAGUUGUUCUUUGACAAGUUUAGGAAAGCUUAUGCUGUAAGAGAAGAUAUGAGCAUCGUAUGUGACCGACAUGAAAGCAUUAUAAAAGCAACCAUCAUGGUGUACCUAGAAGUACCACAUGGGCCUUGCACCUUCCAUCUGCUCAUAAACAUCAAAAACAAGUUCAAGAAGAACUCAAAAAAGUUCAAGGAUACAUUUUUUGCAGUUGCGAAUGCAUGCACUAUGAAAAAUUUUGAGUACAAGAUGAGAGAACUUGAUAAGAUUGGCAAAAGAAUACGACCUUGCCUACAACAAAUUGGGUAUCACAAAUGGGCAAGGAUUCACUCUCCAAACAAUAGAUACUCAAACAUGACAUCAAACAUUGUAGAAUCUUUGAAUUAUGCAAUUGUAGUAGUAAGAGAGCUACCAAUUUGUACGAUGCUAGGGUGUUUACGAGCUUUGGUGCAACAGUGGAGUUGGACUAAUAGGAACAUAGCAAAUUCAACCUCCACAAAGUUCACUGACAAUCAUGAUAUGAUCCUGAAUGAAAACUACAUCUACUCAUUAAGUUAA